AUGUCCCCUGCCCAUGCUACCUGCAACUCACAGGAUGCCAGAGCUUCAGGGUUGGGCCCAGGUGCUGUGCCGGAUGUUGCCGAAGUCAACUCGGCGCCCGUGGACAUCGAGCUGAUCGACGACGAGGUGUCCAUCAUCAAACCGCUCUCGGUAGCUGCUGUGCCUGCCCCGGCAGCUUCGUUUACCAAGCCUGCGGUCGCGGCACCGAAGGCCAAGAGGAAGCGUCAACCAGCGAAGCCCGUGAUGCCCGUCAAGAGGUACAACUUGCGGUCCACGGCGCUCAAAGAGGAGGCGGACGUUGGCGACCUUUCCGACAACAGUCUGCCAGACAUGCUGCCCUUGCCUUCUCUGCCCUCGCUGCCUCCGGCGGUGCCUCCGGCGGUUCGUCCGCCGAUGCCCAAGCCCACGGAGAUCGAGCGCUCCAUCCCGACGCCUUGGACCCCUGAGAAAGAGGCGCCGGCCGCAUCGCCCCUGGCACUCUGGGGCCUCCAGAGGCUGCUGGGGCCCUCGGCACCGCCGGGCGAGCACACCUGCGCCGUCUGCUGCGCCCUCCUCCGGCCCAUGGCGGCCACAGCCAAAGCCGACCUCUUGCGCGAGAGGCUAGCCUGCGACAGCUGCGGCCGAUCUGGGCGGGGGAUGCCGGCAAGAGACUUUCUGGUAUGUGGCGACGAUCUGGAGGAGUUCUUGAUUUGGGCAAAGAGUGACGCAAAAUCUGGCCCACACGUCAGAUGCUGCACAUAUUGCGUCUGCCGUCGCUGCGCGCAGCUGCCCCACAGCGAACGCCGCCCACGCAAGCGGGCCCGACACAUCUGGGAAGAACGGCAGUAA